GGGGCAUUGUAGCAGACAGAAAUCUAAGGAUUCUGACUGUCGUCCUUUAGGCUGAACGGUUUUUCGUUUCCAUGCUCCCAAGGGAAUGGACAUUUGUGUGAUCAUAACCUGAUGUGAGGGCCUUGAUAUUGAAGCGUCAGGCAGUGUCAAGCUCUGCUGUCCCUUAUAGGUUGAGCUGUAAUGUCAAACCUACAGUGAGGAAAAACUAACUUGAUCACACACUUGAAGACAAUGGCACUAGUGAGUGGGAUCCUGAGAGGUCUGGGCCGUGGCCUCAGGUCACCUGUACAACGAGGACUCUGGACCACCACCAGCAGGCAAUACAGUGAGGGAACUGUGACUGGUAAUGAAAACAAUGGACAAUCGGUCAAGGUGCCGUCCAGUGCCAGAGUGGUCAUCUGUGGUGGAGGCGUUCUCGGGACAUCCAUUGCCUACCAUCUGGCCGAACGGGGCUGGACCGAUGUUGUAUUACUGGAGCAGGGCAGACUGACGUGUGGCACUACUUGGCAUUCGGCUGGACUGGUGGGCCAGGCUAAAGAUGAGGUGGAGGGGUCACAGCUAGUGGCUUACAGUAGACAACUGUACAAACAGUUAGAUAAAAGUCAUGGAGUGGGAUGGAAAGAAUGUGGCAGUGUUAUUGUAGCUCAGACUAAAGACAGGUUGACAUUUCUGCAGAGGAAACAUGCUAUUGCAUUGGCCACAGGUAUUGAGUCCCAUCUAAUUUCACCAGAAGAGGCAGGAAAGCUGUGUCCCUGGAUCAGAACUGAUGAUUUGAAGGGGGCGCUUUGGGUGCCCGGAGAUGGAGCUCUCACCCCGCCAGAUCUUGUGUCAGCUUACACCUCCAUCGCUAGGGAGAAAGGAGUAAAGAUCUUGGAGGGAGUGAAAAUAGACCAGAUUCACACCAAGAAUGGGCGUGUAUCUCAUGUGACCACAUCCCACGGUGAUAUCAACUGUGAAUACUUCGUCAACUGUGCUGGCCUGUGGGCAAGGGAAGUAGGGGCAAAGUCUGAACCAAAUGUGAAAAUUCCUCUCCAUCCUAACGAACAUUUCUACCUGGUUACGACACCCAUACAAGGACUGGACCCUUUGAUGCCUGUUGUCAGAGAUUUUGACGGCCGGAUUUACGCCAGGGAGUGGAGUGGAGGUUUAUUGGCCGGAGGGUUUGAACCCAGAGGCAAACCUGUGUUCCAUAAUGGUGUUCCAGAUAAAUUUGAAUUUCAGCUUCUUCCUGAGGACUGGGAUCAUUUCCAGGUACUUUUAGACCCGAUUCUGCAUCGCUUCCCUUGCAUGGAGACUGCUGAAGUGAGGCAUUUGGUGAAUGGCCCAGAGAGUUUCACUCCAGACGGCCACUGGAAUCUAGGUGAAUCGCCUGAGGUGAAGAACUACUUCGUAGCGGCAGGUAUGAACUCCAUGGGUGUGGUUGGCUCUGGUGGGAUAGGAAAACAUCUCACAGAAUGGAUUAUUGACGGUGAGCCAAGCAUCAACCUGGCAGAGCAUGACAUCCUCAGAUAUGUUCCUCACCAUAGCAACAAAAAGUUCCUCAAGGAGAGAGUUAAGGAAACCAUUGCAUUGUACGCACUGAGGUUCCCGUAUGAAUAUUGGGAGACUGGACGUAAACUGAGAACCUCACCCCUACACACCAGGCUGGAGGUAGAUGGGGCAUACUUUGGUGAAACCAACGCAUAUGAACGACCUAUCUACUUCGCAAGACCUGAUGAUGAACUAGGUGACCAGUAUCACCCAGUGAAAGGUUCCUAUGGCAAACCACCAUGGUUUGAUAAUGUCAAGGAGGAGUACUGGGCUUGUAAGGAACGGGUCUGUCUCAUAGACAUGUCAUCCUUCUCCAAGUUUGAAGUCAAGUCCAAUGGCUCUGAGGCCCUGAAUUUCCUGGAAUAUUUGAGCUCCAAUGAUAUUGAAGACAAUGUUGGAGAGAUCAUCCACACGGGCAUGCAAAACAAUCACGGAGGAUAUGAGAAUGAUUGUACCAUUGUGCCUCUCUACCACAAUCAUUUUUUCAUAAUAUCCCCGGCAUCCCAGCAGACUAGAUCCCUAGCUUGGUUGCAGCGUUUCCAACCCAAAGAUGGCUCAGUACAGAUCCGAGAUAUCACAUCAGCGUACGCUGGGAUAAAUGUAAUAGGUCCACAUGCCCAGCAACUACUGGCUGAUGUCACCGACAUCUCUACCACUCUGAAGGAUUUCAAACCUAUGACAUGCAAGGUGAUAAAUGUUGGGUUUGCCAGUAAUAUUCGGGCUAUGAGACUCACACACGGUGGAGAGGAUGGUUUUGUUCUUUAUGUUCCCUCGGAGUAUGCACUCCACGUGUACGAUACACUGAUGGCAGAAGGGAAGGACUACGGAAUCCGACACGCUGGGUACUACGCCCUGAAACUGUUGCGCAUUGAGAAAUUCUAUGCUUACUGGGGAGUCGAUCUCACAACCCACACCACACCUCUUGAGUGCGGCCGUGACUUCAGGGUCAAAUUUGAUGCAGGGGACUUCAUCGGUAAGGAGGCGUUACUGAAACAGAAGGAGGAGGGAAUUAGUCAGAGGUUUGUUCAGUUCCUACUGGAGGACUUCAAUGUCGACACGGAUGUGUGGCCAUGGGGAGGAGAACCAAUCUACCGUAACGGCAAGUUCUCUGGUACCACGACAUCCAGUGGCUACGGAUUCAAGCUAGAUAAGAUGGUGUGUCUUGGUUUCAUUAGAGAUUAUGAUGAACAGGGAAAGAGUGUUUUAUACAAAAACAUGAACCAGUUUGUGUUGGACAGAAACGCGAAGUAUGAAAUAGCCAUUGGUGGGCAGAUGUUUGAAGCCAAAGUGCGUCUCUACACACCAAAGGCAGCUUACUCAACCUCAGAACCGGUCUUCAUCCCCGUCCCAUCCAUGAAUAAAUAAACAGCCUUCAAUUCUGGGGUUAUUUUAAUUAUCUGAAAAAAAUGGAGGUCAAGAUUUUAAGUUGAACUUGUCUAUCUCCAGGAGUAUUAUUCCAGAAAAUCACUGCUGAAUCAAUGACGUCUAAAAGAACCUGUUUAGCUAAAAAAUAUAAUCAUGUUAUACAAGAAUCUUGCUCCAUUUGUUCAGAAAUCAUUUCUUAAAACAGUUUGAUGAGCAAUUGGAUUGAAAUUAACUCAAGAUCUGCAAUAGCCAAUGCAAGCUUGCAUUGGUGUUUUUAAAUAAUCUACCAGUUUUUAAGACAAUUUCUGUGAUGAAAAAAUCUGGUCCACCAAUGGAGCAGUAAUUCAAGUCAAAAUCUUUCUUUGUGCAUUGAAUCUCAAACUUCAUAUGUCUGGCAAUAUCGUGGUUACUGCAGUGACAACUCUUACUUCCAUAAGUAAUUGAAAUGGAUGUAAUUCAUGAACAAAACAUGAUUUAAAUUGAAAUAUAUCCAUAAUUCAUGUUUGUCAUGAGUACACUGUAUGUCAGAACUAAUUUGCUGUAACCUUGUGUAAAUAUUUGUGAAUCAAUUAGAAUUGGUAUUAUAAGAGUGUUAAUGUAUUGAUGGUAGAAAUCCAGUGCAAUAUAACAUUUACCAAAGUAAAUUCCAAGUAAAGGUAAUUUGAUGUUUUACAAGGACCUUUAAGGUGUCACAUUGUGAUAAUAUGAGAACAUAAUAUUAUACCUACCUUUGAUGUAACAAUAAUAUCAAAAAGAUACCAAGAAAGAUAUUUUAUUAGUGUGUUAUUAGUAUUGUGUGUAAGGGAGUGUUUUGGUUAGAAUGAUGAACAUGAGAAGAGAAACUUUGUUUAUUUUUUCAUUAAUGUUGUUAUUGCAGUUUUUAACUCAACAGCAAAUAUUUAGCUUAUGCCAUGGUGUAUUGUCUAUUCAUAUGACCGUCGUUAACUUUUUUCAAAAACAUCUUUUAAAUAACCCAGAGUCAUAAUAUGGGGUCAGUAACAUGCUGGGAUGAAGGAAUACAUUGUUUGUUAAAUGAAUGACCUUGACCUACUUUCAAAGUCAUGUGGACAAAUGUAUAACGAUAUGGGUCAUGGAAGAGCGAUGAUAAAAUUUGUUCAGAUAAAUGAAGUUAUAAUAAGCCUAUUCCCAUAUAAUUGGAAUGAAGAGUUAUUUUUUUGCAUCUGGAUCAAUUUUAAAGCUGUAUUAGUAGCAGGUGAGCAGUACAGGCCCACUGGGCCUCUUGUUUGUAGUGUGUCUUGAGAUCUGCAGAUGUUUUUAUCGUUGUUAAAAUCUUUGUAAUAAUCAACUUUUCUGUCUGUUAAGUUAAUGUCUGUCAAGUCAUUUGUUGAUGCUCAGUCAUGUUAACAUACAGAAUCAUCGAUUUAUUCAAACCUUAUUCAGUUUUCUACAUUUCAAGGGUAACAUAAUUUGUGUUGUUUGUUUAGUUUGUUUGAUUCAUUUAGAUUUAAGUUGUUACGACAAUUAUAUCUUCCUUACUUUCCAUUGUAGUCCUAAAUAUAUUGUUUUUGUAUUUGUGAUCUAGGAUAAUCCAAUUAGAGGUAGCUACAAUACUGGAGUUGUAUAAGGUCUUAUUUAAGUCAAAGUUGAUGUUCACAACUUGAAGUUUGUUUUCCAAGAUCUGAUUUCCUUUCCAUACUCAACAUGACUUGUAUGAAUAUUGAAAUAACAUACUUCGUAAAGUAACAAAUUUUUUAAAAUCAUGCUAAAAUAUGGUGACAUUUACAUCUACAGCUUUUGAUUUUUUAUCCUGCCAAUCUAAUAUGUCUUUGAUAUUAGAGAUCUUGAUACAUGAUACAUGUUACAUGAGUUACUAGAUAAUGUCAUAACUGGAGAUUGUAUGAUUGAAAGAAGAAAUUUAUUCAAUAUCAGAGUUUUGCAUUUUAAUUUAAUUUGCGUAUUGAUCUUGUAUUAAGUCAAUUAACAUUAGAUUAUAACAAGAAAGGAACAAAGAGCAUACGAACACAUACAACACCCUAUUGUCUGUUCUACCAACAAACAACUUUCCUUGUAAUGUGUUUUAGUGAGGUUUUCUUAUUAAUAAAGUAAAUCAAAACAUUCUA